ACCUAGCCUUGGACCCUCUAGGGAUGAGCCUAGAGUGUUUGGCCUUGACAAGUUCAACGGUGACAACUAUGCUGUGUGGUCCUUCAAGAUGGAGAACAUCUUUGACCACUAUGAUCUGCUGGAGGUGAUGGAAGGAACGGAGAACCGCCCCGAGAACGACCCGGAGAAGAGCCGUGGGUGCGGAAGUGCGCACAAGGCUACCUUCUACUUGGGCAAGCGUUGGGGAGCAGCCAAAUCCGUCACAUCAGUCAUUUUCAGCGUGAACCAGCAAAGGGACCAAAGGCAUGGGCUGCUCUCAAGGGUGUACACGCUCCUGCAACAGCGGCGGUGGCUGUGGUUUUGGAGCGGCAAAUGGCGGCACUUCGAAUUGACGAAGGCGAACCGGUGGAGGAAGGAGUGUAGAAAUUCCUAAUUUUUUCAUGCGUGGUUAGUGUAUGGGCUCAAG